AUGGUGUUCCCCGUUUUGAAGGUAACCCAUAAAAAAUGAAUGGAAGUAUGGAGGAAGUUUUGUAGCAAGUAUGUGUAAUAUAUACAGUGGGGAACAAAGUAUUUAGUCAGCCACCAAUUGUGCAAGUUAUCCCACUUAAAAAUAUGAGAGAGGCCUGUAAUUUUCAUCAUAGGUACACGUCAAUUAUGACAGAUAAAUUGAGGAAAGAAAAUCCAGAAAAUCACAUUGUACAAUUUUUUAUGAAUUUAUUUGCAAAUUAUGGUGGAAAAUAAGUAUUUGGUCACCUACAAACUAGCAAGAUUUCUGGCUCUCACAGACCUGUAACUUCUUCUUUAAGAGGCUCCUCUGUCCUCCACUCGUUACCUGUAUUAAUGGCACCAGUUUGAACUUGUUAUCAGUAUAAAAGACACCUGUCCACAACCUCAAACAGUCACACUCCAAACUCCACUAUGGCCAAGACCAAAGAGCUGUCAAAGGACACCAGAAACAAAAUUGUAGACCUGCACCAGGCUGGGAAGACUGAAUCUGCAAUAGGUAAGCAGCUUGGUUUGAAGAAAUCAACUGUGGGAGCAAUUAUUAGGAAAUGGAAGACAUACAAUACCACUGAUAAUCUCCCUCGAUCUGGGGCUCCACGCAAGAUCUCACCCCGUGGGGUCAAAAUGAUCACAAGAACGGUGAGCAAAAAUCCCAGAACCACACGGGGGGACCUAGUGAAUGACCUGCAGAGAGCUGGGACCAAAGUAACAAAGCCUACCAUCAGUAACACACUACGCCGCCAGGGACUCAAAUCCUGCAGUGCCAGACGUGUCCCCCUGCUUAAGCCAGUACAUGUCCAGGAACGUCUGAAGUUUGCUAGAGUGCAUUUGGAUGAUCCAGAAGAGGAUUGGGAGAAUGUCAUAUGGUCAGAUGAAACCAAAAUAUAACUUUUUGUUAAAAACUCAACUCGUCGUGUUUGGAGGACAAAGAAUGCUGAGUUGCAUCCAAAGAACACCAUACCUACUGUGAAGCAUGGGGGUGGAAACAUCAUGCUUUGGGGCUGUUUUUCUGCAAAGGGACCAGGACGACUGAUCCGUGUAAAGGAAAGAAUGAAUGGGGCCAUGUAUCGUGAGAUUUUGAGUGAAAACCUCCUUCCAUCAGCAAGGGCAUUGAAGAUUAAACGUGGCUGGGUCUUUCAGCAUGACAAUGAUCCCAAACACACCGCCUGGGCAACGAAGGAGAGGCUUCGUAAGAAGCAUUUCAAGGUCCUGGAGUGGCCUAGCCAGUCUCCAGAUCUCAACACCAUAGAAAAUCUUUGGAGGGAGUUGAAAGUCUGUGUUGCCCAGCGACAGCCCCAAAACAUCACUGCUCUAGAGGAGAUCUGCAUGGAGGAAUGGGCCAAAAUACCAGCAACAGUGUGUGAAAAACUUGUGAAGACUUACAGAAAACGUUUGACCUGUGUCAUUGCCAACAAAGGGUAUAUAACAAAGUAUUGAGAAACUUUUGUUGUUGACCAAAUACUUAUUUUCCACCAUAAUUUGCAAAUAAAAUCAUUAAAAAUCCUACAAUGUGAUUUUCUGGAUUUUUUUUUCUCAUUUUGUCUGUCAUAGUUGACGUGUACCUAUGAUGAAAAUUACAGGUCUCUCUCAUCUUUUUAAGUGGGAGAACUUGCACAAUUGGUGGCUGACUAAAUACUUUUUCCCCCCACUGUAUUAAUAUAUAUAUACACUACCAGUCCAAAGUUUGGACACACCAACUCAUUCAGGGGAUUUUCUUUAAUUGUACUAUUUUCUACAUUGUAAAAUAAUAGUGAAGACAUCAAAACUAUGAAAUAACACACAUGGAAUCAUGUAGUAACCGAAAAAGUGUUAAACAAAUCAAAAUAUAUUUUAUAUAUAGACACCCAUUGCCUUGAUGACACUGACAAAGACAUGAUCAGUCUAUAAUUUUACUGGUAGGUUUAUUUGAACAGUGAGAGAUAGAAUAACAACAAAUAAAUCCAGAAAAACGCAUGUCAAAAAUGUUAUAAAUUGUAGUUGUAGUUGUAAAUGGCUAUUGUAGCUGGAAACGGCUGAUUUUUUACGGAAUAUCUACAUAGGCGUACAGAAUCCCACAGAACAUUUACAUUUUAGUCAUUUAGCAGACGCGAGUUACAGUUAGUGAGUGCAUACGUGGGAAUCGAACCCACAACCCUGGCGUUGCAAACGCCAUGCUCUACCAACUGAGCUACAUCCCUGCCGGCCAUUCCCUACCAUGGACGACGCUGGGCCAAUUGUGCGCCGCCCCAUGGGUCUCCCGGUCGCGGCCGUCUACGACAGAGCCUGGAUUCGAUCCAGGAUCUCUAGUGGCACAGCUAGCACUGCAAUUCAGUGCCUUAGACCACUGCGCCACUCGGGAGGUCAUAACAUCUUAAAUUGGCUCUAACCAGAAUAGAAAGAGGAGUGGGAGAACCUGGUGCACAACUGAGCAAGAGGACAAAUACAUUAGAGUGUCUAGUUUGAGAAACAGACACCUCACAGGACCUCAACUGGCAGCUUCAUUAAAUAGUACCCGCAAAACACCAGUCUCAUCGUGAACAGUGAAGAGGCGACUCCGGGAUGCUGACCUUCUAGGCAGAGUUGCAAAGAAAAAGCCAUAUCUCAGACUGGCCAAUAAAAAGAAAAGAUUAAGAUGGGCAGUCUGAGAUAUGGCUUUUUCUAUGCCAAAUUCUUUCCAUUUUAUUUAUAAUUUUUUUAAUUACAGUUUGUAAAUUACAAGAAAGGCUAAUAGUUUGUUAACACAAUCUGCUCUAAUUCGCUCACGAAACAGUAAUUCAAGAGAUGAAAAUGCAUAUUCCCAUGAAACUGAUUGAGAUCAAUCAAAUGAUUGGCAUGGAGAUGCAGUUUGGACAUUUCACCGGUAAAACAUGCCGAAUUUUCAUUCACAAUUGAGAGUGAUGAUGGCCUAUUUUGAAUUUAGGUAGCCUAUGCCUAAUUUGGUGUUUGAGGGUAUUACAAAUAUUGUAAAAAAUUAUUGAGACAAUAUGUAUGUGGGCAUAGGCAGACAUUGCAAGUGGAGGAUGCAUUUUAUGCAUAUUCGAUAGUGAUAUUCUAUAGUGUACUCUGUCGGUACAAACUUUGAUUGAGGAAAUUAUAACAUAAUUAACUUUUUUUUUGUGCUCCCUCACCUAAAAAAAUAGCAUUACACUACUGACAGGGUCACAUCUUCUCCUUCAACGUCCUCUACUGCUCAUUCUGUGUCUCCUUGACCUGCCGCCACUCCACCAGUACUCUCUCCCUCUCCCUCUCUCUCUCUGUGUGUGUGUGUGUGUGAUUGUGUGGGCGGAGACAGGUGUGCUGGAGUCAGAGCAGAUCUCCACCAGCUGCAACCUGUUCCAUAAUCAAGACCUCUACAAAUACUCAGUCCUGCCACUUCCACACUGCCAGAUCGUAAUCUCUGCUCAUUCUGCCCGCUCUGACUUUGGUCCCUAUCUCCAGUCCUACGUCUCGUCAUCCUGCUACUCUGUCCUGGAUUCCCCACUCUACUACUCCAUUGGAUUCCCCUCCGGACCUGCUCACCCUGUCUCAACCCCCCUCGCUCCAGCCUCAGCCUCCGCACCUGGUUUCCAGCAGUUUCCCCUGACCUGCACUCCAUCUCCCACCGUGUCUCAAUAAAUACCUUGGUUCCUUCAUCCCAGUCUCCUCGUCUGAGUCUGCUCUUGGUUUCCGCUGUUCCACUCCGCGUAACAGACAGUGAUACUAUAGUAUUUCUACCAAGGAUAGUAUUUUUUUAUGUGGGGAAGUCCCACUCCUUUUUGAUUUGUUUUGCUUUAUUGAAGAAAGACGAGGAAGUUAGGGGAGGGUGAGUCAAAGGGCAGUGAGCUUGAUUCAAACCCAUACCGACUCUGGCAUACAUGUGUGCUGGGAUCAGCAGCUGUAACCGCUGGACCCCACUAGCCACGAACACAAGCAUAAUGUCUGUACAGAAAUAAACAAUCCAGACGUCUUCUAUUUUGAGUCACAUUAUUAAUAUGUCUCAUCCUCUGAAGUUGAGCUAGAGAUGAAUUGAUAUCAGACUGUGUCUUAGUCCUAAAUUCUGGCAGCCUUAGGUCUUGCACAAUGUGUUAAUCUAAUGUGGCACUGAUGGCGUGAAAAUAGCACACAUUGUAUGUGGUGGAUGCGGGGUGGAUGUAAAAACCGGUUGAGUGAUUUAUUCUCUUUCCUGCUGUUCUCGCCCCUCUGAAGAUGCCUUUCACAGCGUGGUGUCUGAACACUCAUCCUUAUGUUAUUAUCUUCUCACUCUCUUUUCUCUCUGAUUGCUCUCUCUUGCUCUCUCUUGAUGCUGUGCUUUCUCUCACCAUGUGCCAGCUGGCUGGGUCAUUAUUUAAAAAAUGUGUAUGAGCAUGUCUAUUUUUCCACCAUUCAUGGGUGUAAGUGGAGUGAAGUAAUUCUACUUCAGCUAAACUUAACAUCUACUGUAUUGUGGAGUGAUUCCUCUGAAACGAAACAGGACAGGAUGGAAAUGUCCCAUGAUGUCCUCAAGGAAACAUAAGGCCAUUUCAGUGUACAGCUCAAUCAUAACGGUCAGAGGUAAUGAUCAAUCACAGGUCGGAAAGGUCAUGCUUAGUCAUAGCAACCUGUCCCUGGAGGAUGACGUUGAAAGUGAAACCUGCUCUGCAAACAGAAUUACUGAAGAUAGACUCUGUUCGUGUAUCUUUAACCUCAGUUCUAGUUAGUAGACACAGAAAGAGAUAAAAACAAUACAUGCUGUCAUAUUUGUUGAGAACUAUUGUGGGGUUGUUUUCAUAGGGGAAGUCUGUGCAGUGAUGGAGGGUAUAAAGACAAUAAAGAUACCUAGACUGGAAGACAAACAACAGUUUCCUUGCCCUCAUCCCAGCACAUCCAUGAAUUGUUUAACUUUAAAAAAUAGAAGAUACUAGCACUGCUACUUUUAACCCUGGUACUUUGGAACACGCAUAACAGAGUGUUUUGUAAAAGGCAAUAACCUUUGAGCUCACUCGAUAGCUCUUAUUUUUCUGAAGAAAAAUGUUUUAAGUCCGAUGUCUCAGAUACAGGGAAGCAGGAGAACAAAAGGAAGCAAAAUAAAUAGACUCUGAUUGGUUGAAGGAUAACUAGAGUUGUCAUGCCCAUAGGGGCACAAAGGGCACGUGUCCCCUCAGAUUUGUCCUGUUUAAAAAUAAAAAUCAGAUGUUAAAUUAAUUAUUAAACUUAAUUUUUAAACCCAAAUUUUAUCAUAAUUAUAUAUAAAAAGAUAUGUCAGCAGUGUUUUGUGGAGAGGGCAGACUGACUGUACCAGGCAAAGAGAACUCUGCAUCCCAUUAUUCUAGCUAGUAAGUGGUUCCUUCCAAGGUGCACCACAAAGUAAAGAUAUGGUAAGCAGGAAGCUAGAUACUCUAGUGCGUGCACACACAGCAUUUUAUUUGAUUUUAGCUGCUGGUGAUGGGCAGGACCCCCAUCUUAUUGAUUCUUUCUUGAUUAAUAAAUUAAACAAAAAUGUUUUGUUGUUUCUCUGUAAUACUAAUCACCUAGCAAUUUUAUGAAGUUGGCAUUAGCUAGCCCAGAUAGGUUCCCAAUCUCCCAACCUCAUAACUAGCUACCAAUCAAUUUCAGGCUAUCAAUCAAGUUAGAGUAGCUAGCUUGUCUAACUAUCUUAUCUGGCAUGCCUGCUGGUAAGGUUGGUAGACUUUAGAAAAGCAAGAAAUUACUAAAUCUACUGAAGACUCAUUCCUUUCAAUCUUUUACCCAGAUUUUAGCAGAGAUACAGAGAAGCAUAUUUAUCUUUAAAAAAGAACCACCAGUCAGGAGGAUACAGACAGCUCAAGAGGUAUGCUUAGAUAUGCAUAAAAAUCAUUGGUUUAAAUGCAAUCUGGCACCUUAUGAUAAUAUGAUAAUAUUUGUGUAUUAAUUAUGAUGCCAUGAUAUGUGCCUGUAUUGAUGAUGAGUGUUAUGAUCCCAUGUACUGUGUGGUAAUUUGGAUGUAAUAUCCUAGGCAUGCUAGUGCAGUAUAUUGAUAUGUGUGAUUUACAACAGUCAGAAUGACACCCUCAAAAUGACAAUUGAACAGGUAAAGCGGUAUGCUUAGAUAAACUAUUCUGGAAAAAAAAUACAUAUUUUUUACAUAGAAUUAGGCAUAAUGAUUUUGGCUCUAGAUUGCAAGAAAAAGCUGUUUCUCCAACCCUCCAUCUUCACAUACUUCGUGGCCCUUCAAAAAUAAUGGGUUCAUGACACCCCUGAGGACAGCACACCAGAUGACAAGAGGAGAAACCAGGCAUAAACAAGUAGGCAAAAUGGAAACCAGGCGAAGAUCUGUUUUGGAUCAAACGUUAUAUUGUUAUUAUGAUACUGGUAUGUGUGUCGCUAGGUGUUGGGUUAAGGAGUGAAAAGUGUGCUCCCUGUUCGCUUCUCCCUUAGGGUGAUCUAGAUGUGGGCUAUUGAUACAGUGAUAAAGAAACUCAACCUCAAACUCAAAGAAAUGCAAACUGGCAUUCUUAAUGGUACACAAAGUUGAAAUAGAUUGUAAAAAACACAAUGUUUGAGUCAAUGUACUUUCACCAGGAUUUACUUUAUUUUCUCUGCCAGAUGUUUAUUUGGCAUAUUAACAUCCAUACUGGGAGAGCUGAAAAGUUAAAGAGAAUUUCCUAUGUCCAGGAAUUUACUAUAAAAUAUAUGGCACAAUGUGUUGAACAUCUGUAAGGCAUUAUCACCUUGCGCUACCUGUGUUUCUGUGAAGCAUUGCAUCUAAGUGUAGUUGCACAGUGGUUCCAAAAGUUUAUUCUGUGCAGGGAACCAAGACCACAUAAAACAUUUUAGUUAUCUAGAAAACUAGACCAAUAUUUGUCUCAAGUCAUGACCCUCCAGCGGUUAAUGGAAAAACACCAAGCUGGGAUACGGAGCAUAGUUUCCUGUGGACCAUAUGAGAGAGAGCAGGAGGAGGGAGAUCUUAAAACAGUUUCUGAGUUACAGCUAAGGCAGGCAGUCACACUGUGAGCGCUAAACCUUUCGGAGGGGAGUAAAACCACAUCACUCCAUGCUGGGGGAACCUCAGAUCCUUCCACGCCACAGGACUGUCAGGUUCUCUUUAGUGCAUACCUUGUCUCCAGAGGUUUACUAGAGGGAUUGAUCAGGGCUAGAAGAGGAGAGACUCAUCCUCUAUCGGCUCCAAUGCUUCUGACAGAGGAGUCUGGUCUUCUCUAUUUUCGUAGGUGAGCCAGAUGAACCUUCACGUGCCAGCCCACAUUCAGUGCAAAACCAAGGUAAGAGACACAGUUACUUCUGCAUGAUACAAUGCUCUUUUGAAGGAAAUCUUUUGUCAAAACUUCCUUUGACAUUGACGGUAUUCUGUUUGAUUCGUCUACAAUUGCAGCAUUUUUCCCUGCGAGUUGAUCUUAAAAUAAAACAAUUAAAUAAUCUACAGUAUGUCCCUCAUUUGUAAGUGUGAAUGUACUUCUAUUUUUUGUUUUAGUGACAUCAAAUAAAAUAAAAUUGUAUUUGUCACAUACACGUGUUUAGCAGAUGUUAUUGCGGGUGUAGCGAAAUGCUUGUGCUUCUACUCUGACAGUGCAGUAAUAAAAUAAAUAAAUAAAUAAAUAAUAUCUAACAAUUUCACAACAUGCAACAAUUUCAAAGAUUUUACUGAAUUACAGGUCAUAUAAGAUAAUAUAAGUCAAUUGAAAUACAUUUAUUAGGCCCUAAUAUAUGGAUUUCACAUGACUGGGAAUACAGAAAUGCAUCUGUUGGUCACAGAUACCUUAAAAAAAGGUAGAAGCAUGGAUCAGAAAAUGCCUGCCCAUACCAUAACCCCACCGCCACCAUGGGGCACUCUGUUCACAACAUUGACAUUAGCAAACCGCUCGCCCACACGACGCCAUACACGUGGUCUGCGGUUGUGAGGCCGGUUGGACGUACUGCCAAAUUCUCCAAAACGACGUUGGAGGUGGCUUAUGGUAGAGAAAUGAACAUUACAUUCUCUGGCAACAGCUCUGGUGAACAUUCCUGCAGUCAGCAUGCCAAUUGUACGCUCCCUGAAAACUUGAGACAUCUGUGGCAUUGUGUUGUGUGACAAAACGGAACAUUUUAGAGUGACAAGAUGCACCUGUGUAAUGAUCCUGCUGUUUAAUCAGCUUCUUGAUAUGCCACACCUGUCAGUUGGAUGGAUUGUCUUGACAAAGGAGAAAUGCUCACUAACAGGGAUGUAAGCAGAUUUGUGCACAGAAUUUGAGAGAAAUAAGCUUUUUGUGCAUAUGGAAACUUUCUGGAAUCUUUUAUUUCAGCUCAUGAAACAUGGGACCAACACUUUACAUGUUGCGUUUAUAUUUUUGCUCAGUGUAGUUGUACAUUUUCAGGUUUGUCUCCAACAGGUUUGAAAUGAAUAGAUGUAACUACUGAUGAAAACGAUCAAACACGGCAUGGGUGGUUAACUUCACAUCAUGUGACUAUAAUGUACAGUACUGCAUGAAUGUGGAUCAUCUGUAUGGAAGCUCGUUGAUUGUUAUUUUCGAUUAUUACAGAAUUCCCCUCAACUAAAGGCCCAUCUCAAACAACAGGAAAACAAAAACCUGAGUCCAUUUUUUAAAAACAAAACCAGGAGAUGGGAUGAUGUAGAAACAGAGAGAAAACAUUGUGUGUCACAUAGGAUUCUAAGAACAGUGUAGUAAAGUCCAAAUGCUAUUCAAUCAUCCACUGUGCAACAAACCACAAAAUAUGGUUUCAAUAUUCAUAGGAACAAAGUCCAAUGAGAAAUAGGAAAUAUGAUGUUUUAUAUAUUAUUUAAAGCUAUAUUCCACAGUUGAAACAAUAACAAAGCGUCACCCUGCCUUUGUUUUGGUAAAAAGCUGAGGGAUGGUCCUGGAGAAAUGUAACCACUCUCAAAUUCAUAGACAGAGCUAAGGAUGCAAGGACUGACCAUCCAUGAUAUAAAAAUUAUAGUUGUACCAUGUUUUGACACUAUACAGUGUUGGAUUACAUUUACGUUGUUUAAAAACAAAUAGAGUAAAACCAGCGUAUAUUUUGGGUUCUGAUGGGGUAUGACAUGUGAACUAAGCUCAUGAGGGAUUUAUAAGUUAAAUUUUUUAAGAAUCAAUGGGUAUAUACAGGUAACUGUCUAAAUAAAGUCUUAAUUGGGCGCUGCCAUGACAACUUCAAUGCGCCUUGGCAUAGAUUGUCUGGAACUCUAUUGGAGGGACACAAACCAAUUUUUCCACAAUAAAUUCCAUAUUUUUGUGUUUUGUUGAUGGUGGUGGAAAAUGCUGUCUCAAUUGUCGCUCCAGAGACUCCUCUUUCAAAGUCACUGAGAUCUCUUCUUCUAGCCAUGGUAGCCAAAAUAAUGGGCAACUGGGCAUUUUUAUAUAUGACCCUAAAGAUAAUGGGAUGUUUUAUUUGCUUAAAUAACUCAGGAACCACACCUGUGUUGAAGCACCUGCUUUCAAUAUACUUUGUAUCCCUCAUUUACUCUUUACUUUAUUUAGGCAGUUAUCAUUAAUGUAUAAGUCAAAAAAUUGAUGUAUCAACAAAGGAUUUUAGCUUUAACAUAUAAUAUUCAAAAAAAGUCAACACAUUUUUUACUCUUUAAUUUUUCUGUUCAUGAAGCUGAUACGUUUCACCAUUGGUUUCAGAUCUUCAUCAGAGCAACAAUAAACAUGGUUUCCCUCCCUUUCAGGUAAAGUGUCUCUGUGUGAUAGUGUUCCUGAGUCUCCCCUUGACCAUGGGAGACCCUGGUCCAUGCAGACACUCUAUUACCAGACAUCACCUGCUGACCAUAAGACGCCUGGUGAGUAGUACAGCUAGAACGAACAAUAGAAAAAAACAUGAACAAAUUAAAGUUGUAUAAAACUCGUAUAAUAUGAAAAAAUGAAUUAAAUCAAAUCAAAUCAAAUUUUAUUGGCCACAUGCGCCGAAUACAACAGGUGCAGACAUUACAGUGAAAUGCUUACUUACAGCCCUUAACCAACAGUGCAUUUAUUUUUAACAAAAAAGUUUAAAUAAAACAACAACAAAAAAAGUGUUGAGAAAAAAAGAGCAGAAGUAAAAUAAAAUAACAGUAGGGAGGCUAUAUAUACGGGGGGUACCGGUGCAGAGUCAAUGUGCGGGGGCACCAGCUAGUUGAGGUAGUUGAAGUAAUUUGUACAUGUGGGUAGAGUUAAAGUGACUAUGCAUAAAUAAUUAACAGAGUAGCAGCAGCGUAAAAGGAUGUGGUGGUGGGGUGGGGGGGGGGGGGGGCAGUGCAAAUAGUCUGGGUAGCCAUGAUUAGCUGUUCAGGAGUCUUAUGGCUUGGGGGUAGAAGCUGUUGAGAAGUCUUUUGGACCUAGACUUGGCACUCCGGUACCGCUUGCCGUGCGGUAGCAGAGAGAACAGUCUAUGACUAGGGUGGCUGGAGUCUUUGACAAUUUUGAGGGCCUUCCUCUGACACCGCCUGGUUAGAGGUCCUGGAUGGCAGGAAGAUUGGCCCCAGUGAUGUACUGGGCCGUACGCACUACCCUCUGUAGUGCCUUGCGGUCGGAGGCCAAGCAGUUGCCAUACCAGGCGGUGAUGCAACCAGUCAGGAUGCUCUCGAUGGUGCAGCUGUAUAAUUUUUUUAGGAUCUGAGGACCCAUGCCAAAUCUUUUCAGUCUCCUGAGGGGGAAUAGGCUUUGUCGUGCCCUGUUCACAACUGUCUUGGUGUGUUUGGACCAUGAUAGUUCGAUACAUAACCAAGAGUGAUCUAUUGGUGAGAUUUCCAAAAAUACAUUUUUGAUAUAUCACUGUGGGGAGCAUAUUAAAGUUAUGGCCAAGUUUACAUUUUUGCAGUUAGACAAGAACCAUUAGACAUUCAUUGGGAUUGUUGAAUGUAGAUCAUAUUCCUGUCAUGAACACAAGAUAUGAGAAGUUGAUAUACAGUUGAAGUCGGAAGUUUACAUACACUUAGGUUGGAGUCAUUAAAACUCGUUUUUCAACCACUCCACAAAUUUCUUGUUAACAAACUAUCGUUUUGGCAAGUCGGUUAGGACAUCUACUUUGUGCAUGACACAAGUAAUUUUUCCAACAGUUGUUUACAGACAGAUUAUUUCACUUAUAAUUCAAUGCAUCACAUUUCCAGUGGGUCAGAAGUUUACAUACACUAAGUUGACUGUGCCUUUAAACAGCUUGGGAAAUUCCAGAAAAUGAUGUCAUGGCUUUAGAAGCUUCUGAUAGGCUAGUUGACAUCAUUUGAGUCAAUUGGAGGUGUACCUGUGGAUGUAUUUCAAGACCUACCUUCAAACUCAGUGCCUCUUUGCUUGACAUCAUGGGAAAAUCAAAAGAAAUCAGCCAAGACCUCUGAUAUUUUUUUUUUUACCUCCACAAGUCUGGUUCAUCCUUGCCUGAUCUGUACAAACAAUAGUACGCAAGAAUAAACACCAUGGGACCACGCAGCCGUCAUACCGCUCAAGAAGGAGACAUGUUCUGUCUCCUAGAGAUGAACGUACUUUGGUGCGAAAAGUGCAAAUCAAUCCCAGAACAACAACAAAUAACCUUGUGAAGAUGCUGGAGGAAACAGGUACAAAAGUAUCUAUAUCCACAGUAAAACUAGUCCUAUAUCGACAUUACCUGAAAGGCCGCUCAGCAAGGAAGAAGCCACUGCUCCAAAACCGCCAUAAAAAAGCCAGACUACAGUUUGCAACUGCACAUGGGGACAAAGAUUGUACUUUUUGGAGAAAUGUCCUCUGGUCUGAUGAAACAAAAAUAGAACUGUUUGGCCAUAAUGACCAUCAUUAUGUUUGGAGGAAAAAGGGGAUUGCUUGCAAGUCGAAGAACACCAUCCCAACCGUGAAGCACGGGGGUGGCAGCAUAAUUUUGUGGGGGUGCUUUGCUGCAGGAGGGACUGGUGCACUUCACAAAUAGAUGGCAUCAUGAGGAAGGAAAAUUAUUUGGAUAUAUUGAAGCAACAUCUCAAGACAUCAGUCAGGAAGUUAAAGCUUGGUCGCAAAUGGGUCUUCCAAAUGGACAAUGACCCCAAGCAUACUUCCAAAGUUGUGGCAAAAUGGCUUAAGGACAACAAAGUCAAGGUAUUGGAGUGGCCAUCACAAAGCCCUGACCUCAAUCCAAUAGAAGAUUUGUGGGCAGAACUGAAAAAGCGUGUGCGAGCAAGGAGGCCUACAAACCUGACUCAGUUACACCAGCUCUGUCAGGAGGAAUGGGCCAAAAUUCACCCAACUUAUUGUGGGAAGCUUGUGGAAGGCUACCCAAAACGUUUGACCCAAGUUAAACAAUUUAAAGGCAAUGCCACCAAAUACUAAUUGAGUGUAUGUAAACUUCUGACCCACUGGGAAUGUGAUGAAAGAAAUACAAUCUGAAAUAAAUCAUUCUCUCUACUAUUAUUCUGACAUUUCACAUUCUUAAAAUAAAGUGGUGAUCCUAACUGACCUAAGACAGGGAAUUUUUACUAGGAUAAAAUGUCAGGAAUUGUGAAAAAUUGAGUUUAAAUGUAUUUGGCUAAGGUGUAUGUAAACUUCCGACUUCAACUGCAUAUCUUAUUAAUGACUUCUAACAGAUAUGUUGGUUUCUGUGUUUAUUUCUGUUUAACAUAGAUAGAUAACCAGUUGCAGAGUGGAUGCUCAAUAACCUACACAUUAAUUGAGCGGAGAAGUUUGGUAAGGUCAUUUUUAUACAUCAUGUGCAGUGAAAACAUGGGAGAUCAUAGGCAAAUUCAUAAAGAACAUUAGUUUAUACUUUUAGUUAACUAUGUUUUGUUUUUUUACUUUAAGAAAUAAAACUUUGUUUGGUUUUGGUACGAAAGGUUACAAAUGAUGUGCUAUUAUUUGAGAGGAGUGCCAGAAAGUAUCCAAUGUCCACCACAUAAUUGAUCCUAAAAGGACUGUAAAAAUAAGCAUUACCUAUUAGUAUUAUGGCCAGGUUAAUCUCACCUACCAGCCGGCUCUAUGUGGUAGCAAUUGCACCUGGGGAUGAGGUUAUGGCUAGGCCAGAGUAAGUCACUGAUAUCAAACUAAUAUGAAUAUUGACUGUUCUUCUUCCAUUCCCUGACAGAGUAAAUGUUGCUAUGUGAAAGCUGCCCUGCCCUGGAUCUUGGAGCUCCUGACCAGCCACUUCAGAUACACCCAGGGCUCAGACAACCACAGCUACGUCCUGUCUCUGAUCGGUCUCAUCCACAACAUCUACUCUCAGAGAUGUGUACCACAGAUCAACGAGGAGCUGGAGGUGAGGGGGUGGUUUGAUGCUGAAGAUAUCUCUUGAAUAACAGCCUAAGUUGGGUGUUUUAAAGAGGAUUUAAGGAACUUAAAACUAAGCUCAUAACACUCUUGUAUAAUUGUAUUGAUAGGACAUGUACAUUUUACCAACAUUCCUCUCUGACUCUAUUGACCAGGAUGACCCAGUGAGGUUUGGGAUGUCAUUCAGCAGUUCCCCAUCAGAGGCACUGGGGAGGGUCCAGGAUGUCCUGUCUGAGUACUGGGAGCUGGUGACCACCAGGGACUCCCCAGUAGACUGGAGCUGUGAGAGGGAGUACACAGACACAGCAGAGCCCCCCACAGCCCUCCCUACAGCGCUCUCUCUGACUACAGGUGGACAACUUCCUCAAGGUUCUUGAGAGGUUCCCUGGCGAAGGCCUAAAACUGGGAAUUACAUUAUUAUAGAAUAUAAUGAUACAGUAUGGCAAUUUAUCAAAGUAGCUUACAGAAUCAGACCCACUGUCCUCUGGUGUUUGUUGUAUGCUUGAACUAGCCGAGCGAUCUGAUGAUCGUAACCUGGACCUUGUCCAUAUUUUAACCCGGCUGUUAUGACCUGUCUCGUCGUCCACAGUAAGCACCUUUUGGGACUCAGCGAAAGCCCCUCAGACUGGUCUAGAUGGAGACCAAGAUGGAGACCUGAAGUUUGAUUUCAUGGUCAUAGCUCCAUCAGUCUGUGGAGUACUGCUGUUCAUAUUCACUCUCUAUUGCCUCAUCACACACAAGGUAAUAAUGCAGACUGACAAGUUACAUUUACAUUGCAUUUUAGUCAUUUAGCAGACGCUCUUAUCCAGAGCGACUUACAGUAGUGAGUGCAUACAUUUUCAUACUUUUUUCAUACUGGUCCCCAUGGGAAUCGAACCCACGCGUUACAAGCACCAUGCUCUACCAACUGAGCCACACGGGACCACGUGUGAGUUGAAGUUAACCUUUUACUGCGGUGGGCUAAAUCAAGGUCACUCAGAGUGUUUCUUGGUAGUCUUAAACAAAUCUACUUUGAAACAAAAGUAUACACCUCACACACAUUGUUAUGGUAUUAAGAAAAAUAGUUGAAAUGUAUUCAAUUCUGAGUUUGCAUCCCAAUAUUACACUUUAUGUACAUCACAGAAGACUGAAAUAUAACUAAACCAUUUGACAUAGAAACAUAGGAUUUUCGGCAUAAAAAUAUAUAUAAUGUUUAUUAAUUAUGAAAUUAUGAAAAAUAUUAAUAGAAUUCCAUCCAUGAGACAUUAAGCGGGCAAUUUGGUCAUUUGACUGCAGGAAUUCAUAAUCAGCAUUAAAGACCCCUGCUGCGUUUAAAUUCAGUAUCACAGUAAAAAGUAAGAAAAGGCAGAAAAAAACAUGUUUUAAAUGCAAUUGACACAUUUGUUUAUUUGUGUGAUUUUGUUCCACCACAGAUGUUCCACAGUACUUAUCAACACACAUCACAAGUGUACCAAAACUCAAGGUAAAGUAUCACACAGUAUCUAGUGUAAUCAAGGCAAUGCAAAAUGAUGACAAACAACACAUAUAUGUAACUUCUAAUUCAAAGUUUUACUUAUAGUUUGCGUACAGAUAUUCAGGACAUAGAGAUGCAGGUGCAAUAAAGUGAGUAUUAUUUUCAGUCCAUCUAUCAUCUGUCAGUCUGUCCAUGUAUCUGCUGAAUACUGAAUACUCUUCCUCUCUGCCAGAAGGCCAUAAAAGACAGAUUGCUACUGAUGGAGGAGCACAUCUGGAGAUGAGGAUUUACCUGAAGCUCUCAUCUCUAAUACAUAAAGUCCAAUAGUGUUAGACAUUCCAUAGAAAUUUCCAGUAUUUUUCUGGUACGGCAGGCACCAUAAGCACUAUCAAUGGAUUUUAAUGAACCUUCUCUUUUUGAUAAGCCUUUCAAGUAGGGGAUGUUUUGAUUAUCUAUAUUGUAUAUUGUGUG